AUGCCCAAGAAGGACCAGGUCCGCCCCGUCAUCUCCUCCCCCGUUGGGCCCAUUCAAAACUCUCGCGGGCCCGAUCUCGUCCGCAGCGACAGGUUCCGCAUCGUCGAUGGCAUCGAGGACUGUCAGGACCCGUCUGCCACUGAGGCGGCUUCGGGCGCCACGGCGUCAACCGCAGCCAGGACUACCAGGAGAGUUUCGGCCAGUUUCCCAGGCCAGGAGAGACCAGCAGCCAGCCCGACCGUCGCCAGCUCCUCAAUCAACGCCACAACGCCCGCCCUGAAUCCCUCGGCUCCGUCUUCCUCCCGCUUUCUGCGCAGGCCUUCGUUUCCUUCGUUUGGCAGAUCAAAGACGGCCAAGUCUCUGCUGCCGACGAGCUCGACCGCCUCCAUGCUGCCUACUCGAGCUCGCCUGGCGGAAAACGUCCCCCCUACCUCUUCGUUCAAAGCCCCCAUCGACACUCCGCAGCUCCCACAGCAGGCGAGCAAGCUGCCCAAGUCAAGGACCAUGAACGUCCUCCACGAUCUGAAGAAUUCGAUCUCGCGGCAGAACCUGAGUUCGCGGUUCAACGACGCCAGACGAACUCCGGCGCCCUCGCAGAUGCCGCAGCCGCCGCGCACUUCUGCGCAGAUGCCGCCGCCUCCGUGGACUCCAGCACCCUCGCAGAUGCCCCAGCCGUCGCGAACUUCUGCUCUCCCGCACAUGCCUGUGUCUUCGCGUAUUGCUGCUCCCUCCCACAUCCCUGGGCCACCCCAUACUUCUGCGCAGUUGGAUGUGCCCAGGCCGUGGCAACAGCAUGCAAUACGCCGAAAGCCCGUGCCUUCACAGGCUCCCGGACCGUCGCGCCCAUCUAUGCCCUCACAGAACCCGGGACCGAUGCGAAUGUCUCGGCCACCGUCGCAAACUCCGUCCAUGCCCCCUCCACAGGCUCCCCGGGCCGAUCGGUUCGGCGCUGCCCCGAAACCGCAGUCAGCCUUUUCAGUGGACUCCUCCAGUCGCUCUACGACCCCGGAGCCCGACCGGUCGCAAGUUGUGGCAGCCCAGCCGAUGGAGUACUGGACUGGACGGUUCAGCCGUCUCAACGACAUAUACCUGGCGGACGAUCGCGCCCCCGAGACCCUGCUGGCUCUCCGAAGCGGCCUCGUGUCUCAACAUCGGCAGCACAUCAACCCGCAGUCUGUCGACGAGGACGACGCUCGCCACCUGCAUAUAUUCGCGCAGCUCGACUUUCUCUGCGCAACGCAGGAUGCCAAGCAGUCACUGUGGGAGUUCCAGCAGGUGUUUGCCCGUCGCUUCAACCGGCCCACUCUUCUGCCCGCGGGUGGCAGCAUGGGGGCUCAAGACCAAGGCCUGACGUCGAGGAUCUUCGGCAAUCGUCGCCUCAGCGGCGAGCAGCGCCGAGGCGGGCCUGGCCGGCCGCCCAGCUCCCAGGCGAUGGGCUCCAAUGCAGUCUCGGAGAAGCUCCUCGUCCUUAUUGCGGUGCCUCUACGGCUCCGGAGUUCCGACGACGACUCUGUGGCGAGAGGACCCGCGACGCUAUCGAGGGUGGAUUCAGACGAUGAUAUGAUUUACGACGCAUCAGGACAUUUCCUUGGCUUGUUCAUGAGUGAGAUUCCCCUCUUUGGAAGGAAUUUAACCAACGGCUCAAGAUACGCCGCUUGGUGA